UCUGACGCCAGCUCCUUUACUGGUUUCACCUCCGGUUCCAAUGCGAGAAAUUCGACUGUAGAUUGAUUUGCUGUUGUUUCCUUUCCUUCGACCCUGCUUUCCACCCCUACCGACGGCGUCUUUCGUCCAGCGCCCCGAGCGCUUCGCCAAAUCCGAGACCAUGGAUAUCCAGGAGACUCAGCGUCUUCUUGCGGAGUACCUCCAUGAGCUCGCGGCCCUGUUCCAUCGCCUACCGGGCUCCGCCAUUUUCCUACGUUACGUCAAGUCCAGCUACCAGAACGACCCGAUCCGAUCCGCCGUCGAGCUGUUCUUGUUCCUGUUCGCUGUUCGCUACCUUCUCGCCCCGAAGUAUUCGACCAAGCCCGGCGUGGUCCAGCUCUCGGAAGAUGAGAUCGAUGACCUCGUCGACGAGUGGACGCCGGAGCCACUUGUCGGCAAGCCUACUUCCUUGGAGGCUAUGGAGGUGGACAAGCGAACGGUGAUCGUUGGCCCCGUAGGUCCGAAAUCCAAGCUCGCGAACGGCCGGACGGUCAUGAACCUAGGCUCGUACAACUUCUACAACUUCAACACCAACGAAUCCCUCAAGGAGAAGGCGAUCCAGACGCUCCGCAACUACGGGGUCGGACCCUGCGGGCCCCGCGGCUUCUACGGAACCCAGGACGUGCACAUGAAGACCGAAGCCGACGUCGCCUCGUUCCUCGGCACCGCUUCCUGCAUCAUCUACGCGCAGGCGUUCUCCACCAUCUCCAGUGUGAUCCCUGCGUUUUCGAAGCGCGGCGACAUCAUCGUGGCCGAUAAGGGCGUCAGCUUUGCUAUCCGCAAGGGUAUCCAGAUCUCCCGCAGCAUCGUCCGGUGGUAUGAGCAUAAUGAUAUGGCGGAUUUGGAACGCGUGCUGGCUAAGGUCACUAAGGAGCAGGCUCGGAAGCCGCUCACUCGCCGGUUUAUUAUCACUGAGGGGCUGUUCGAGUCUUAUGGGGAUAUGGUUGAUUUGCCUAAGAUUAUUGAGCUGAAGCUCAAGUACAAAUUCCGACUGAUCCUUGAUGAGACUUGGUCGUUUGGUGUUCUCGGCCGCACCGGUCGCGGAGUGACGGAGCAUCAGAACGUCGAUGCGGCUGAGGUGGACAUGAUUGUGGGCUCGCUGGCCGGCCCAUUGAUUGCUGGAGGAGGCUUUUGCGCGGGUUCGGAGGAGAUCGUCCACCACCAACGGAUCUCGGCUGCGGCGUACACGUUCUCCGCCGCUUUGCCGGCCAUGCUGUCGACCACAGCGAGUGCCACGAUCAACAUGCUGCAGAAUAGUCCGGAGACGGUGAGCCAGCUGCGCGAGUACACCAAGGCCAUGUGGGCGCAGCUCGACCCUCGCAGUGACUGGGUGUACUGCACCAGUGCCCCGGAGAAUCCGAUGAUGAUCCUCGUCCUCAAGCCCGAAGUGGUCACGGCGAAGAAGCUCUCGGAGGAUGAUCAGCAGUUCUUGUUGCAAGAUAUUGUCGACGAGUGUCUCGCCAAUGGGGUUCUGAUCAGUCGCCUAAAGACUCUGCAGGACAACUUCGAGCCGAAGCAGGUGGUGGCGCCUGCUCUGAAGGUGUGCGUGACGAUCGGUUUGACGCGAAAGGAGAUCGAGAAGGCGGGCACCACCAUCCGCCACGCGAUCACGAAAGUCCUGAGCAAGAGGAAGUAAUGUUGAGCCGUCAUCCCUUUGCCUACUCCUUGAUCUGUUGGGGAUGGGCUAUGACGUUUAAUGCUUCCAUGAUAUGCCCUCUGCCCUCUUGUCAACAUGUUCUGCCCAGCCUCAUUGUUCCACCCAUUGUUGAUAAAACCACUGUCGAUGCACAGUUCUUGUACAGCAUAUUGCACCUAGAUGAACAGGUGCCCCGGAGCUCCCGCUGGACGCUCCUGCACAUGCCCAACCGGACGGGAGACUUGUCAUUGUUACCACGGGGUGAUGUUAGUCACCGAUCCAUGUUGCCCUACUUCUUUUGUUACCACGGGACCAUGGACAUUAUUAGAGAUCAUAUUAUUUUAAUAC